AUGAGCCUCCCUUACCGGGACAUCAACGUCCAGGCGGCGCCCGACUGCUACAUCUUCACCUCGCCCUCCUCUCCCAAUGCUCCAGCUCUGACGAUCGACCGCCCUACCGGGGAUGUGAGGCUGGCUGCCCCAGGCCCUGUCUCCAGAAAGCGCGUCACUCGCGUCUCCAGCGUUGCUGGCAUUCUGGGCAUGAUCCGUUUGAGGCUCGAUAAAUAUGUCAUUGCCAUUACCAAAGCCCAGCCAGUCGGCCGCCUGCGUGGCCACAUGGUCUACAAAGUCAUCGCCACCGAAUUCCUCCCCAUGCGAGAACGCCAAAUCCGCGAUCCAGAUGAGGACCGGUUCUUGGCCUUGCUCAAAGCCUUCCUCAAGUCCGGUGCCAUGUACUUCUCAUACUCGGUCGACCUGACCAACAGCUUCCAGCGCCAGUCGCAGCACGAAGAGACUACUCCCAUGUGGAUGAGGGCGGACGACCGCUUCUUCUGGAACAAGUACAUUCAGUCGGAUUUCAUCGAUUUCCGCACCAGGGGUGCUCGUGGCCAGCCGGGACCCCAGCAAGGCGUCGACCCGUUUAUCCUGCCCGUCAUCUUCGGCAUGCUCGAGAUCCACCCGACCACCUUCAAGACCACACCCCUGACCGUGGCCCUCAUCACAAGGCGGUCACGGUACCGUGGUGGUACUCGCUACUUCUCCCGCGGUAUAGACGAGGAGGGUCAUGUCUCCAACUACAAUGAGACGGAACAGAUUGUCGUCCUGAACGAUAACAGGACGGGGCUGGGUGGCUACAGUGGCAGUGCCGACAUGCAAAGCGGAAAGCUGGGGGGUUCCGAGGGCAAGGAGAUGCAGAUUCUGUCCUACGUCCAGACCCGUGGUAGUGUCCCUGUAUACUGGGCCGAGAUCAACAAUCUCUCCUACACGCCCAAGCUUCAGAUCCGGGGCAUCGACUCUGCCUUCUCCGCAGCGAGCGCGCAUUUUAGCGAGCAGAUCAAGAUCUAUGGCGACAACUACCUAGUCAACCUGGUCAAUCAAAAGGGCAGGGAGCAGAGGGUCAAGGAAGCCUACGAGCAGAUGGUGGAGAAGCUCGUCACGGCGCCGAGGGAGAGCACUAAGGGUGAUCUCCGCACCGAGGAGAAGUUCCACGUGAUCGAGCCCGGCUCCUCCAAGCAGGUCUUCGACCGCCUGCACUACGUCUACUUUGACUUCCACAGCGAGACAAAGGGCAUGCAGAUGCACCGCGCCCAGCUGCUCCUCGAGCAGAUGCAGGACGCCCUCGUGGCGCAGCAGUACUUCCGCGCCGUCGACAUGCCCGCCGGCUUCGACGGCGGCCUCGAGGUGCGCAACCUGCAGACUUCGGUCGUGCGCACCAACUGCAUGGACUGUCUCGACCGCACCAACGUCGUCCAGUCCAUGCUCGCCCGCUGGACCCUCGACCGCAUGUUUGUCGACCUGGGCAUCAUGCAGCGCGGCUCCACCUUCAAGGCCGAGGACCCGGCCUUUGAGCUCAUGUUCCGCAACCUCUGGGCCGACAACGCCGACGUCGUGUCGCGCUCCUACUCGGGUACCGGCGCCAUGAAGACCGACAUCACGCGCCUCGGCGUGCGCACGCGCGCCGGCGCCCUGCGCGACGGCCAGGUCGCCGUCUCGCGCUACGCCCGCAACAACUUCCUCGACGGGCCCCGGCAGGACGCCUUCGACCUCUUCCUCGGCGCCUACUCGCCCGCCACCGCCAGCGUCGGCACCAGCCUCGUCUUUGCCGACACCCGGCCCAUCCUCAUCCAGGCCAUCCCCUACAUCCUCGCCUUCAGCGUCUUCUUUGUCCUCGUCGCCCUCUUCACGCGCCGCCUGCCCGACUCGGCCGUCCUGCCCACGCGGCUCUUCAUCCUCUUCUGGACCGGCGCCGCCGCCUGGUCUCUGCACUUUAUCCUCAGGAACGGCAUGCUCUAUGUCAACUGGCCCAAGCUGAACCCGCGGCCGUGGGCGACCGAGGGCUACCACGAGACCAUCAGCAAGGUCAGGAAGGACCCCGUUAUCGGCGGCCUCGUUGCACGGCACGAACGCGGCCUCAGCACGGCGCGCUACCUCAAUGCCGAGGAGGGCAAGAAGAGGAUCGAGUAA